GAGUGCUAUCUGUGGUAUUAUUUACCCAUUGUUUACCUUUCCUGACCACGUGAAAAUAGUAGUAGGUAUAUAAGAUUUUUGCACAAGAACUAGCUAGAACUGUUAUUUCAGACCAGUACAAUAUAAGUCAAGAAUUUUUAAUGGAUACAACAUUUUUAUGAAAUUUUUAUGGCACAUAAAUUCUUCCAGUUGGUGUCACAGGAUUUACUGUACAUAACACAUCUGUGAGAGGAAUCCAUAAUACAUCUGGUUUCCCUGGAUAAGAAAAGGAUGGUGAUGGUCCAGCAGCUGAGACUGGUAGGUGUCAGCUGACCACCACACUUUCAGCGAUAAUUGACCAUGGAGGAAGUCAAAGCCAACCUCUCUGACACGGUGAAGCGCCGACUUAGGAGGAUUAGGCGUGCCCAACUGCCCACCGAGGAGCGUGUGUCCGAGCCACUUGGGCCGGGGCUGUCCAAGACUCAGAAGAGGAAGUUGCGCUGUGAGAGGAAGAUGGCUCAGCUCACAGAGAAGCAGGGAGACAUGAAGACCUUCAUAAGUAACCAGAAUGGCAACCAGCACAUGUGGUUUGGUGAGGAUGAGGUGCCAGAGGAGAAGAAAACCAACAAGGUAGCUUCCAGACUGCAGAGCGGGCCAGUGAAGGAACAAGUAGUUGACAAGGAAGUGGUGGAUAAUACUUUCGUUUCUGGGCUUGCCAGUGAUGACAGUAGUGCAGUUAUUGAGCGCAGUACUGAGAAGAGUAAAGUAAAGAGCAUUGGGAAAGUAACCACCAAGAAGACAUCACGUUAUGUCUUAUUUGUUGGCAAUUUGCCUUACGAGUUAACAAAUGAAGCGUUGGCAGCGCACUUCAGUAAAACAGGCCUCCCACCUCGGGACGUCCGCCUCUCGAUGCAAGAUAACAACACGACUGUGAACAAGGGCUUUGCUCACGUGGAGUUCAAUACUGAGGAAGGCUACUUGAAUGGUUUAAAGCUUCAUCAUUCAUUUUUGGAUGGACGCAGGAUAAACGUUGAAUACACUACAAUUAUUAAAGGAAAAAAAGCUAAAUCAAAAAACUUUGUUAAGAAAAAGGACCUGAAGUUAAAAGCACUUUAUAGCAAAAAGAAGAAAAUAAACAGCUGAACACGUGAACAAUGUGUUUUAUGUCCUAUCUGUAAGAUACAUAAAUUUAAAACAUAAAACAUUUUGGUUUUAAUGGUUUGGUAGUAGGACUGUGCGAAUAUCAGCUUUUUUGGUUUGAAUCAAAUACGAAUAUCAGCUUUUUGGUUUGAAUUGAAUAUGAAUAUCAAAUUAUUCUCGAAUAUGAAUAUUGAAUUUGAAUAGUAAGAAUAAGAAUUAGAAUCCCACUAAAGAUUUUUUAGCAUCAUGUAACAACUUUGGAAAAUUAGACAAUUAUUACUGAAGUGAAAGGUUGGCUAAGUUAAGUCAGCUACAAUAAUUAUAUGGAAAAUGUUUAUUAAAAUAUUUAAACUAUGAAUUAACAUAUUUUAAUUGUGCAGUUAACCUAACCUAACUUAUCCUAAACAACAAACCUUUCAUUUCAGUUUCUGAUACUCUACCUAAAUUAUGAUCCAGAAAAUUUUCGCGAACCGCAAAAUACCGUGAAAUCCAUUGCAAUCUAUUUUACAAUUUUUUUUUAAAAUCCUGUAUAUUCAAAUUAGUGAUUGAAUGCGCAUAUAUUUACUUAAUUAAACCCUAGUUAUUUAUGAUUUUUCGUGGUUAGCAGCAACCAGCUAAAUUGUAUCAGUAAUAUUAUAAACACAAUUUUCGCUAAGUUCAUCUUGCAUCUUAAACCAUUACUUAACGUUUUUAUGUACGUUUGAGCAGUGUUGCCAAUGCAGUUGUUAAUUUUUACCCUUAUGUGAAAGCCGAAAUACCUGCUUUAACCCGCAAUUUAAAAAAAGUAGUAGUAUAGUUUUACGCCAGGCAAAAUGGAAACAAAGUAGCAGUGAAACUAAAUUUUUGUGGUUUUUUAUUGCUUAAUGCAAAUAAAAGGAUAGCAAAUUUACUGUACACACUAUUGAGGAUAAGAUGUACCGAUUUUGACAGUUCUUGAACUGACAUUUCUGCUUUGACAACUGAAUAUACGUUUAAAAUAAACAAAACAAAGAAUUCUACAUGUAGCAUUAGCCUAGGCAACCAUGUGAAAUUGUUUUGUUUGUUUUAUGAGAACUGAAAGCUGUCAACGUCAAAAUGGUAGUUUAAGUAGCUUGAGGUAACGUAGUUCAAUCAUAGGUAUUUUUGUAUAAAUGAUUACCAGCUGUGCUAAAAAGUAACUGAUAAAUUUUCAAGCUAUGCAUAUUGAACAAGGUUAGAUCUGCAACACAUAUUUCUAAUUUCAGAAGUGUUAUUUUUUGUAGUACAAAAAUACCUUCAUUUUACCCAAAACCAGAGAAUAUUUGCAGUUUUCUCCACAGUAGUUAAUAAUACUCAAAAUUCGGGGAAUUGCUCACAAAUUGGCAACACUGCUUUUGAGUCACAUCUGUUUUGUCAUAGAUAUAUGCAGCAAGUAAGGUGCUUCUGUAUCACAAGGUGUUAGAUCGAUUGUGUCUCUUGAUUUAUACGCCAUUGAAACUAUGAAAAUUACUUCUUUAAUGCCCAUCUCAAUGGAAUGUCCGUUUUGUGGUGUCGUAGUCCAUGGUUGUUAACUUUUUUUUAAUUAUUUCCCACUUCUGGUGCAUGUGAUGAAUAGAGUACAAAUAAUAAUUUGUUUUCUUUCAAGUUUGAAAUGACAAAUAUGCCGUGUUUAGAAUUGUGUACUUGAUUUAUUCUGUUACUGUUUAAUGUGACAGUAGCAAAAAAAUUUUUUUUAAUACUUCUUGCAUGUUUAAAACUUAGCUUAUUGUUUAUUUUUUUGAUUAUGAAGUCCCAUCAAACAUCAAAAAAGGGUAUUUAUAUUGCAUAAAUGACUUCAUCUCACUGAAUGUUCGUAUAUGACAAACUCAUGAGGUAUACUAUGUCAAGUAUUCGUAAGCAAACAAAUAUUUGUUAUUUCAAAGUGUUAGUAUUCGUGGUCAAAUAGAAUAUGAAUACUUUAUUAUUCGUAUUUGUAUCUGAAAUUCUGAUAUUCGCACAGGCCUAAUGAGUAGCCAUAACAGUUUUUAAUAAUUUAUUUUCUAAUUUUGACUUACUUAAAGCAUAAUAUGUAAUUUGAUGGAUUGCCUCAAGUGAAUAGUGACUCGUUGCUACUAAUACUUUCCCGUGUAGUUAAAGCAUAAUAUGUAAUUUGAUGGAUUGCCUCAAGUGAAUAGUGACUUGUUGCUACUAAUACUUUUCCGUGUAAGGUUAUUGGCAUUUAGUAUUGAAUUUAUUUUUGGGAAUGACUAUUAUAACUUGCCUAACAGAUGCAAAUUUUUUCAUAUUAUACUAUAAAUAAUUUUUUGCAGUGAACAAAAUCUCUGAAAGUUUUGGAGCCAGUCUUACUGUCUUACGCUUAUUUUGUACAUUUAUCACACCUCGUGCUGCGGACAAGUAAACAACAGUUCAAUGCCAGUGUAGAGCCAUGCCCGCCAUGCUCGUUUGUUUUAGGUUGCACUGCUGUCUAGUUAAAAUUUGCAAUGUUGCCAAGCGUUUGGGGCAAACAGGUGCUGCUGUCGCAAUGUGUGAGUGCCACUGGAGAUACUGACGACCAAUCUAUACAAAGUACGUACUUUAUUAAUCUAUGAGCUGCUGCACGCCACAGAUGAAAUGUACGUGCACUUGUUUGAUUACCAUUGUAGUAGAUGAUUUGUAUAUGAUAUGACAUGAUCAUAAUAUCAUCCCUUUAGAUUUAAUGUGGAUAAGUGAGCAAAGACUUAUUGUGAUUAAACAUGAUAAAUAUAUGGGUGCCUUGAAAAAAAAUAGUAUCAAUGUUCAGUUAGAGGUAAUCAAUAAUGGCUGAUGGCCGUUAAUAUCAUUUAUAGAUUGACAGCACCAUGGACACUACUACUUAUAUUGUUAAUAAAAUUAUUAACUUAGGUACUGUACAAACACAGCUUGUUAAAAUUGAACAGGAUUCAAUUGUUAAUUGAAUUUGGAAGAUUGAUCUAAAAUGAUUACAACUGCCAAAACAAUAUGUAACAGUGAGUUUAAGACUAUGAUCUCAUGAGUCAGUGGCAAUCUUAAUGCAACCCAGCCAUGUACCCUUGUGUGAGAGUACCUGAUACCAGUUCUGUAGGUUUAGUGAAUAAAAAAAAUAUAAAUGUUAA